AUGCCAGACGAUUCCUGUCUCAUAUCGGACUUGCCCUAUGUCGAGUUAUCCCAGGGAGUGUACAAGGACGUCUAUGGGCUUCUUGUAGGAAUAAAAAUGGAUACGGCACCCAAACCUUUAAGACUCGCAAUUACUGAUUUUACCAUGAACGAAAAGAUAGGUUUGUAUAACGCGAUGGACCUUCCUGGAGGUCACUUGGACGCGUUGCAAGUGUUCCAGGUGGACGCUUAUGUCAAUAGAUUCCAGGUGUUUUUCCAAAUGUACCGAAAUGUGUUCAGAGAGGAACUCUUAGAGCACGGGUCCACCUCCGAAGAUAUGAUUCCAUUGUUUCACCAGCUCUGCUUGGUCAAGGUACGGGUUCAAUUGAAGAAAUACGACGACAUAUUGGAAGGGAGACUUGUGAAUAUAGCUUUGGCGGAUGGAAACUUGCGACACCAGAAUUGGUCUCGAAUACUUGUUCAACUAAAUCAACUUUACCCACAAUUAAUUCAUGAAAACCAAACAAGAUUCGAUAUGGUCAACCGUCUACUUGGAAACCCUGUGCUGAAAACCACUGAAACCUCGCUGUCGGAGCUGGUGGUCAACAGAACCGAACAACCAGCACAGUCGCAAAUCAAGCUCGAAGCCGCUGCCGAAGCGGAGUCCUUACAAUUUCCAGACCGCCAGCCCACUCCACCUCUACACUCUACGGGGUCGUCUCAGGACCCUAGUGACAGCGAUAAUGACGAUAAUGAUGAAAUACACCACAUUUCUUUCGACAAUGCUCAGCAAGCCUACAAUACAGCCCAGUCCAACAUUUCCACAAACAGCUCUGUCGUCGAAACCGAGGUGCCUGCCAGUAACCACCGCGCCAUAGUAGAGGAUGUAGUCCCCCUGUGGACGGUCUCUCGUCUUUUAAGCGCCAAGGAAGAGGACGUCGCUGGCCGCACUAUAACCGUCAAUGCGUUUGUAGUGGCUACGAUUCCAGACGACUGGACGCUUGUUUGUGGAAAGCAGUACUUCCAGUCGCGAGGAAAUAGCGUGGAGUUGGGAGAUCCGUUCUACAGAUCGUUGGAAAUAAUAAUUUCAGAUCACCGACCCCAUUCGCAAGUUCUCGACCCAGAAACUGCUCUUUCCGUGAGACUACAAGACGACGAUUUGGAGCUGUUUUUCAACAACGCUUCCGUCGAGUACAACUAUACCCACAUGGGCGGCCAAGCAGCUACAUUGAAGUACCCAGACGAGCCAUUGCAAUUGCAUCUAUACAGAAAAGACGUGAAGAUUUCCUACAACAUGUCGAUGCCGAUGUGGUCGGCCCGCGGCUUGUACAUGAACGAUCUCGUUGGCUAA